CGCCCCUUCGCCUCCGUGAGAAGGCGGGCGGGCGGGCUGGCGGCGCCAGGAGGCGGGGCCGCGGCGGCCGGCUGGGUGCGCCUCGGCGGCCUCGGAGCUCGCAGACGCUCGGGGGAACAUGGCGGCUGCGGAGCCAGCGGUCCUUGCGCUCCCCAACAGUGGCGGCGUGGGCGCGGGGGCGCCGUCGGGCACAGUCCCGGUGCUCUUCUGUUUCUCGGUCUUCGCGCGACCCUCGUCGGUGCCGCACGGCGCGGGCUACGAGCUGCUCAUCCAGAAGUUCCUCAGCCUGUACGGCGACCAGAUCGACAUGCACCGCAAAUUCGUGGUGCAGCUCUUCGCCGAGGAGUGGGGCCAGUACGUGGACUUGCCCAAGGGCUUCGCGGUGAGCGAGCGCUGCAAGGUGCGCCUCGUGCCGCUGCAGAUCCAGCUCACUACCUUGGGAAAUCUUACACCUACAAGCACUGUGUUUUUCUGCUGUGAUAUGCAAGAAAGGUUCAGACCAGCCAUCAAGUAUUUUGGGGAUAUUAUUAGUGUGGGACAAAGAUUGUUGCAAGGGGCCCGGAUUUUAGGAAUUCCAGUUAUUGUAACAGAACAGUAUCCUAAAGGUCUUGGGAGCACUGUUCAAGAAAUUGAUUUAACAGGUGUAAAACUGGUACUUCCAAAGACCAAAUUUUCAAUGGUAUUACCAGAAGUAGAAGCGGCAUUAGCAGAGAUUCCCGGAGUCAGGAGUGUUGUAUUAUUUGGAGUAGAAACUCAUGUGUGCAUCCAGCAAACUGCCCUGGAGCUAGUUGGCCGAGGAGUUGAGGUUCAUAUUGUUGCUGAUGCCACCUCAUCAAGAAGCAUGAUGGACAGGAUGUUUGCCCUCGAGCGUCUCGCUCGAACCGGGAUCAUAGUGACCACAAGUGAGGCUGUUCUGCUUCAGCUGGUAGCUGAUAAAGACCAUCCAAAAUUCAAGGAAAUUCAGAAUCUAAUUAAGGCGAGUGCUCCAGAAUCGGGUCUGCUUUCCAAAGUAUAGGACAUUUGAAGGACUGGUGUGCAAUACACUGGUGAAAGACAGUCAGGUGAAGGACUGGAAGCCCACACAAGCUCUUCUUAUCUCUACUAGAAUUAAAAUGUUAAGUCAAAAACGGCUCCUUUUUGCACCUCUUAGUGAAACUUAACCAGCUAGACCAUUUGGGUACCAGCAUUUAGUUACAAAUGUCAAAGGCUUCAGGUGCUGCUUACCUUCCUGUUUUGUUUAUGUGCUUUUAUUUAUUAAAACAAUUACAGUGAAGGUGCCUGUUUUGUCUAUACUGUGUACUCUGAUCGUAUCUUUCUGAAGUGCACACUCUUGUGAAGUUUUCUUAAAUUGUGCACUUUAAAGAAAACGAAGUACCAAUAAUGAUUUGACUUUUAUAUUACUGUAAGAUGUUAUAAUGUUAUUGUGGAUGUAGUGCUUUUACUUUACAGAUUGAUUGGAAUAAGAUUAUUGUAUAGAUUUUACACACAGGACUGCGGAUCAUGUUACCCACUCCCCUCACAAUGUCCACUUACUGAGUGAGUUGCAUUGAUCUAUCCAUACCAAAUAAUGCUGAAUAAUUACAUAUCUUUCUUGAUUAUACUGAUUUUUUAUUUUGGUCACUGUUACUAAUUUUCUGUUAAUGUUCUCUCUUUUAACUGUGUCUUUUAAAAAGCUCAUUGGAUUAUUGUUCAUUUUAAUUUUGUAAACAGAUGGGAUUGAAGGGUUUGCAAUAUUACAUUAUUGGUGAAGGGCUGUUUUAACAUUUUUCAAGUAUGACUUUAGCUGAAUAUCUUUACAACCAUCUUGAAUACAUCUUCUGAUAUCUACAAGAUUUAGCAAAAAAUAAAGCCUGGGUAGAAUAUCAUUUUAAAGUGUUCAUGUUGUGUUCUAUGUUUUCUCCACCUACUCUCCAAAUAUUAUAAUACAAAAGGUAUCAGUAAUGAUUUAGUAGUAUUAAUUUUGUGGUCAUUGUUACUCUUCAAUAAAUUUAUUUUCAUUAAAUACUUAUUAGAAGGUUUUGAAAUGUUUUUCAAAUAUGUGAAAUGUGGAACAUUGCUGUCUUUUAUAUUAAAGUAAUUAAAGAAAAUGUA